GAAACCAAGCUGCUGAGUGCACGUUAAAAAUAUCAGUCGGCGACAGCGUUGGGAAGCCCCAUCCAUCGGUCCUCUCUCGUCGCCGCUUGUCUCGGUGUCUCCUCCCGUCUCUGAUCAAUCCGCGGAGGAUUAAAUGGAGCAACUCUGCCGCCAGGAUUAAAGAAAUCUGGUUCGGUGAAGCAAGUGCCAGAUCUGCUUUUGCUGCGCUCCUUCUGGUGGAGAAGUCGCUGAAAGCUUCGGACAAGCGGACAACGCGCUCUCCGACAAGGCCUUUCUUUCCGGAGGUGGCGGAGGUAAAAAGUAGGUCUUCGUAGGUUUUGCUGGAUCUGUGUCACCGGAGACUGGUUCGAUCAAGGAUCUUGCAUUUUUUGUUUCCCUUUUGUUUUCGGCUUAGAAAAUGGUGCGCCUGCUGUUGGCUAUCGUGCUAGCGCUGUUUCAAGGUGGCGCCAUUGCGGCGGCGGAAGGGGAAGAAACGUGCUCGGGGAUCGUGCCGAUGAAGAAGCGGGAUGAGGUGCUGUUGAUUACGGACUUCGGAGGGGUUGGAGACGGGCGCACCCUUAACACAGAGGCCUUCAUGAGCGCAGUUGACUGGAUUGAGCAAAGAAAUGCACCGGGGGGAACCCUUCUCUACAUCCCUGCCGGUGUUUGGCUAACCGGAGCUUUCAACCUCACCAGCCGCAUGACGCUCUUCCUUGCUAAGGGCGCCGUCAUCAAGGCCACACAGGAUACAUCAAGUUGGCCACUGAUUGAUCCUUUGCCAUCGUAUGGAAGAGGGCGGGAGCUACCAGGUGGGAGAUACAUGAGUUUCAUUCAUGGCAAUCGACUUCAGGAUGUGAUAAUAACAGGUGAGAACGGGACAAUUGAUGGCCAAGGUGAUUUGUGGUGGAAUAUGUGGAGACAGAGGACCUUGCGUUUUACUCGACCAAACCUCGUGGAGCUCAUGCAUUCUACAGAUAUUAUCAUAUCUAAUGUGGUUUUCUUGAACUCACCCUUUUGGAACAUUCACCCUGUUUACUGCAGCAAUGUUGUUGUGCGAAAUGUGACUAUUUUAGCACCCCAUGAUUCUCCUAAUACCGAUGGAGUUGAUCCGGACUCGAGCUUAAAUGUCUGUAUCGAGGACUGCUACAUUUCAACAGGGGAUGAUUUGGUUGCCAUAAAGAGCGGUUGGGAUGAGUAUGGCAUGGCUUAUGCUCGCCAGAGCUCUGGAAUAACCGUUCGUCGAAUAACAGGAUCUGGCCCAUUUGCUGGCUUUGCUAUCGGUAGUGAAACUUCCGGUGGAAUAACAAAUGUUCUGGCCGAGAACUUGAACAUAUUCAACUCUGGCAUUGGGAUCCAUAUCAAGACUAAUUCUGGGAGGGGAGGCUUCAUAAGGAACAUAACCAUCUCCGAUGUGAAUCUGAGCAAUGUUCGAAAGGGAUUGAGGAUUGCUGGAAAUGUUGGAGGCCACCCGGAUGACCACUACAAUCCUAAUGCUCUUCCGGUUGUCGAAGGAUUAAUGAUAAAAAAUGUGUGGGGUGUGGGAAUCCAGCAGCCGGGUUCGAUUCAGGGUAUCAAGAACUCGCCGUUCAUGCAGAUCUGCCUCUUGAAUGUGAAGCUAGAUGUUGCCGCGACGAGGGUAGUUCCAUGGGUGUGUGCUGAUGUGAGCGGUGGCGCCCUCGAAGUGCAGCCGGCAGCUUGCUCUGAGCUGACCAGCACAAAUAGCAUGAACUUCUGUACUACUGCUCUUUGACAUUUAUUUGUUUCUUCAUGCUCCUGAGCUUUUGGUAUGUCAAUGUUGCUGUGCAAUUAGAAGGAUGAAAUUGUGCUGAAAGAUGAAGCUGAUAGUUGUGAAACCAAAUGAAAUGAAAUUUGAGUAUUCCAAGCUGA